GGGGACCUUACCACCCCUCAGAGUGCUGUUUCACCUACACUACCUACAAGAUCCCGCGUCAGCGGAUUAUGGAUUACUAUGAGACCAACAGCCAGUGCUCCAAGCCCGGAAUUGUCUUCAUCACCAAAAGGGGCCAUUCCAUCUGUACCAACCCCAGUGAUGAGUGGGUCCAGGACUAUAUCAAGGACUUGGAGGAGAAUUGAGUGACCCAGAGGGGGUGGCGAAGGCACAGCUCAGAGACCUAAAGAGAAGAUGCCAAGGCCCCCCCCUCCACCCACCCCUAACUCUCAGCCCCAGUCACCCUCUUGGAGCUUCCCUGCCUUGAAUUAAAGACCACUCAUGCCCUUCCCUGGCCUCAUUCCUUUAUACUGGAUUUACUCAUUGGCCAUGCACUGAGGAGACCAGGGAGUCCAGCCUGGGUGUGGCACCCUUGGCAUCAAGCCUCGCUCUGCAGAAGUUUCGCUGGAGACUGGUACAAAAAAUAGCUUUCAAUGUGGAAAAGGGUCCUGAGGCACCUGAAGAGAGAGGAGGCUGUGGGACAGGUCCAGCCAGAGCCCAGGCCAGAGGGGCGGAAGCUGGAGUUCUGGAGCACAGACGCAGGUUGUCAGCAAACACUGAGGCCUGUUGUUUCUCCUCCUCUACCGGCUCUGAUGUGGUCAAGGUCCAGAGAGCUGAGUAGUUGGCAAGCGGACCACCAGCAGCAGACAACAUCUUCAUUCGGCUCUCCCUGAAGCUGUACUGCCCUGCUGAGAGGAUGAAGGUCUCCGAGGCUGCCCUGUCUCUCCUUGUCCUCAUCCUUAUCAUUACUUCUGCUUCUUGCAGCCAGCCAAAAGUUCCUGAGUGGGUAAACACCCCAGCCACCUGCUGCCUGAAGUAUUAUGAGAAAGUGUUGCCAAGGAGACUGCUGGUGGGAUACAGAAAGGCCCUCAACUGUCACCUGCCAGCAAUCAUCUUCGUCACCAAAAGGAACCGAGAAGUCUGCACCAACCCCAAUGACGACUGGGUCCAAGAGUACAUCAAGGAUCCCAACCUACCUUUGCUGCCCACCAGGAAUUUGUCCACAGUUAAAAUUAUUACAGCAAAGAAUGGUCAACCCCAGCUCCUCAACUCCCAGUGAUGACCAGGCUUUAGUGGAAGCCCUUGUUUACAGAAGAGAGUGGUAAACCUAUGAAAACAGGGGAAGCCUUAUUAGGCUGAAACUAGCCAGUCACAUUGAGAGAAACAGAACAAUGAUCAAAAUAAAGGAGAAGUAUUUCGAA